UAAAACAACCAUCUUCUACCACCAUUGUCGUCCUCGCCGCUGCCACCACUACCACCAUCACUCCCUCCACCAUUGCCCUCUACCCUGUUAUUGCCACCACAUAUAUCUCCCCACUAUUACCACUACUCAAACAACAAUUUCUACCAACAUCACUCUAUUCUCAGCCACAACAUCCCUACCGUUUUCAAUGUUUUAUUAUCUGAAAUCAGUCUCGAUCUAAAUUACCAAACACAUUUUCAAAUCAUAAAAAAUAAAAAAUUGUAUUCGUUAUUUUUGUUUUACAAAACAGUUUUUCGAAAAUUUAUUUGUCACUGCCACAAAAUUGGACCCUAAUUAAGAGAUUUCAAUGCACUAUUGCCAAUUUGUAGCCCGACAAAUCAAUCUGUAGUCAAGGACACACGCAGGACCCCUAGCCACCACUCGUACGUGUACAUCAUCACCCACCCCUAUACAACCCUAGCUAUUGCUAGAUUAAUACUACUACACGAGAAGUGUCAUACGCUCAACUAUAACUACCUUACCUUGCCUCCCUUUCGAUGAACAUUUUUUCUCAAAGAGUAGUAGUCCAAUUAAGAUUCCAUAUAUAUGGGAAGAGCACCGUGCUGUGAGAAACUUGGGCUCAAAAGAGGAAAAUGGACAGCUGAAGAAGAUGAAAUCUUGACCAAAUACAUUCACGCUCAUGGAGAAGGUUCUUGGAGAUCUUUGCCAAAGAAUACGGGAUUGCUGAGAAGUGGGAAGAGUUGCAGACUGAGGUGGAUAAAUUAUCUGAGGGCUGACUUAAAGAGAGGGAACUUCACUGCUGAGGAGGAAGAAACCAUUGUUAAGCUACACAGGGCUUUGGGUAAUAGGUGGUCCUUGAUUGCCGCUCAUUUACCAGGAAGAACAGACAAUGGGAUAAAAAACUACUGGAACUCUCAUUUGAGUCGAAAAAUCUACAGCUUUAUCAAGCUGGGAAACGAAUAUCUACCCACCAUUCUCAAUGAUGUGAAGAAGAUAACUUCAUGCAAUAAGCAUCGUAAAGGCACUCGAGCGAGCAGAUCUACCAUGAACAACAAGAGCAAGAACAAGAACUUGGCCCCGUUUAACUCAAGAAAAUCAGAAGCAAACCCUGAACUUGGAAACCCUAGCCUACCAACUGGCACCAUUAUUAAUCUAGGGCAAGUGGGAAAUGAGGACAUCAAUUUAAGGGGUUUGGAGUCUUGGGACCCAAUAAAGAAUGGAGAUGGUGAGGCAAUAGGAAUGUUGGGGAUGCAAUAUUCUUUUUUGGACGGUGCAGAAAUGAUUAAUUUGGAUCCUUGCGGUGAGCAGAAAAAAAGUGCACAAUUGUGGCUUGGGAAAAAAGAAAACAAUAUUACUGGUAGUUCAACUGCAAUAUAUGGAGAUAAUGACGGUGAAACGGAGGUUUUGGGGACAUCUUGUGAAUGUGUAGGAACUAUGGACCUGAAUAAUAAUAUUUUUGAAAUUGAAGGGAGAAGAAGUACAAGUAUUUGGAGCUCAUCAAAUGCAGCUGAGAGUGGUGGCGGUGGCGGUGGUGGAGAGUUGUACUCCUUCGCUUCAUCAAUGAAUUCAGGCUUUGAUGAUGAAUGGCUUGAUUGGGGUUGGGCAGGUGGUGGCCUUCAAUGUCACAAUGGUGAAUUGGAAUGGCGGGAUGAAGGGGAGACAAUAGCUUGGCUGUGGGAAAAUGGCAGUACUGGUGAAGGACAGUAAUGUUGCUACUUCAUGUUUCAUUCAAGGAAAAGAAAUAACAUCUGCAGAUCUUUCUGCAACUGCCAACUACACAAAGUCCUUUUGCAAUACUCCAUAUUUCCAAAAGUAUAGAGUUAGCGUGGAGUAACAUGAAUCGCAAAGUCUUUUAACAAGAAAAUGUGAGAUCACUACUCACCAAUCAUCGUUGUAUAAUGGAUAUUACACAUAGAUGAGAGACUCGUUCGUUGUAUUAUGCCCAUAGUGUAUUAGAUUCUAGUAUACAUACCAACACCAGCUUUUGGUCUGGUGGUACUUCAUCUUCCAAAAGUUGGAAGAGUGCAAAUCCCCCUCUGCCACAUAUCCAUUUUCCAUCUUUCUUAUUUGCCUUCCUUGUAAAGGUUGAAACUUUACUAAGUCAACAACAUUCACUAUGCUAUGUUA